AACAUGAAACAUCCAAAUCCCAUCGAUCCCCUCUCCGGUCUCAAGAUGCUUUCUCUUCCUCAGCUCCCUCCUCGCUGUCCGUGUCUUGCAACUCCAAGAACCAUGGCCUCCUUGCUGCUUCAAUCUCCAAGGCCUCGCCUCCUCCUGACCGCCCCGUCGAGCCGCCGCCACCUGCAAUGUAAAGAGCAUCUCUUGUUGUCCCGGAGGCAGCCAAGGGUGCGGCUCGGCGUGCGCGUGGCCGAGACGGCCUGGGUCGAGAGCGGCGGCGGGGCGUCGCCGGAGGGAGGCGCGAUGGUGGACAUGGGAAUGGGAAGACACGACGAACUGCGAGGCCCGUCGCCGGAAGCGAACGGGUGGGCGACCGUGGAGGCAGCGUUGAACUGGGUGAGCAAAUGGCUGCUGGCGGCUGCUUAUAUUUUUGCAGGUGUUUGGAAGCAUGAUGUGGAAAUUAUGUGGGUUUCGCUUGGUGCGGCUUUCAACUACCUGCUUUCCCUCACUCUUAAAAGGGUGCUAAACCAUGAAAGACCGUCAGAUUUACGGUCUGAUCCUGGGAUGCCAUCCUCCCAUGCACAAUCCCUCUGCUAUGCUGCGAUGUUCCUAGUUCUUUCAUUGUACCGCUACCUUGGGACAAACUAUCUGACGAUGAUCCUUGGACCAGCAACUAUGUCAAUGGCCUUCUAUCUAUCAUGGCUACGGGUGUGGCGGCAGCUUCACACGCUGAACCAGGUCAUGGCGGGCGCUGCUGCAGGAUCUGCCUUCGGUGGCCUGUGGUUUGUACUCUGGCACUCGUUCGUGCAGGAGGCAGUUGCUUCAUCGCCGUCGGCAAAGAUUGCGGCCAUCCUCGUAUCAGCAGUAUUUUGUGUCGGCGUAAGCGCUUACAUGAUGGACCAUUGGGUCAAGACUGAGUGAUUGUACCUUUUUCUUUUUUGAGGGAACUGAGUGAUUGUACUUCACAGUUGCAAUUGGCAACAGAAAGGUUUUUCUGGACAGAUUGAAAAGGAAAAUGUUCAAAUUACUCCCCUCAAGUAUAGUUAAAUCCAGAUAACGCCCUUAAUUA